AUGCCUGCUCUUUUUUAUAGCAAUAAUAAUGUCGUUACAUCAUCAAGUUAUACCGAAUUAUCAUCGACAAAAGAAGAUUCAAAAUUAGUAAAACAUUUGUUAUGGAAAUUAGAUAUCCGAUUAGUGCCAUUUCUCGCAUUACUCUACCUUUGUUCGUUUUUAGACAGAAUAAAUAUUGGUAAUGCUAAACUAGCCGGUUUAGAAACCAGUCUCCAUAUGUCUGAAUCUCAGUAUAGUUGGGCCUUAUCAAUCUUAUUCGUCGGAUAUAUUCUAUUUGAAGUUCCUUCAAAUAUGAUAUUGAAACGAGUUGGACCAAAAAUAUGGAUACCAAUUAUCACUUUAACUUGGGGUUUAAUAAUGGUUUUAAUGGCAUUUGUUCGUUCACCAAAUCAGUUACUUAUUGCAAGGUUUUUUCUCGGUGUUGCAGAAGCGGGACUAUUUCCAGGUGUUAUUUUCUAUUUAACAUUAUGGUAUACUCGUCGAGAACAAACAAUUCGAAUGGCUUUUUUUUAUUCGGCUGCUGUUUUAUCCGGAGCAUUUGGAGGUAUUCUGGCAUAUGGAAUAAUGCAAAUGCAUAAUAAAUUGGGUCUUCACGGUUGGCAAUGGAUAUUUAUUACUGAAGGUAUACCAACCGUAAUUCUUGCCAUCAUUUCAUAUUUUUAUCUACCAAAUUCUCCCUCAACUGCUACAUGGCUUGAUGAGGAUGAACGUCAAUUAUUGAUUGAACGUUUGAGAGUUGAUGCUGGUGCUGCAAAUGAAAUACAUUUUUCUUGGAAACAAGUUCAAGAUGUAUUCACAGAUUAUCAUGUUUAUUUAUAUGUUAUAAUGUUUAUUGGACAUGUUUGUCCCGUCUAUUGUAUUUCAUUAUUUUUACCAACAAUAAUUAAUGGUAUGGGUUACACCAAAAUGGCUGCACAAGGUUUAUCAGCCUGUCCCUAUUUGAUUGCAUGUGUUUUUGUUAUUCUAUUUGCGCUAAGUUCAGCAAACACAAUGGAACGUGGUUUACAUACAAGUUUUACAGCUAUGAUUUCUAUUAUCGGGUUUACGUUAUUGCUUGUAUUAACAAAAUAUGGUCCACAAGCAUUGUAUAUUGCUACGUUUAUUGCAUGUAUAGGUGUAUUCACAAAUUUACCACCAUUACUAUCGUGGAUUACAAACAAUAUUGGUGGACAUACAAAACGUAACGUGGCUAUUGCAUUUAUCGUAUCUGUUGGAAAUUUGGGUGGAGUAGUUGCAGGCCAGAUUUAUCGUGCCGAUGAUGCCCCUUACUAUUAUCGUGGUCAUUCAAUUGCACUAGGUUUCAGUUGUUUGUUAUUUGUAUUUUCUUUAUUAACAAAAUGGUUAUUGAUAAGAGAAAAUAAGAAACGAGAUAAUUUAUCUCAAGAACAAUAUCAGACAUAUUGUUCUAAAACGGAAUUAGCGGAUUGGCAUCCCGAUUUCAGAUAUGUACAUUAA